CACGAACCCGCUUGUUUGCCUGCAGCUCCAAACUCGAUAGCCUACAGCUCAGACGUGAAACAACUAUUGUCGUCGAUCCUGUUCCUUUACGCAGAUGUCGGCGGCUCCUGAUGCCCAAGGAAAGAAGAUAAGAAUUACUGUCGUCGCUGCCGAUGGUCUUUCCAAGCGCGACGUGUUCAGGCUUCCCGACCCGUUCGCCGUGAUCACGGUCGAUGCUGAGCAGACUAGAACUACCAGUGUCAUCAAGAAGACCCUGAAUCCCUACUGGAAUGAGAGCUUUGAUGUAACCGUCAAGGACUCCUCCGUGAUUGCCGUACAAAUCUUUGACCAGAGGAAGUUCAAGCGGAGGGAUCAGGGUUUCCUUGGAGUAGUGAAUAUUCGUGUCAGUGAUGUGCUCGACCUUGAUCUGGGCGGUCAUGAGAUGCUCACGCUGGACCUCAAAAAGUCAAACGACAACCUCGUCGUGCAUGGCAAACUUAUCAUCUAUUUAUCAACAAACGUCAAUCAGCCCAUAAGUAACCCUGGUCCCGCUCAGAAUACCAACGCCCUCACAAACAGUUUGUCCAACCUCAACAUUGCUGGCUCUGCCCUUUCCCCCUCACCCAGUAGCACCAACCUUCCAGCAACCGGUGCAGGAUUAUCUCGCCCGCCUAGUUCUCACGCUACAACCGCAGACAACAAUGCAGCGAGAAUCUCUAUGCCCACUCCCAGUACCGCUCCGUCCAACACUGCCGCAGACGCCGAACAAUCUCGGUCACGGCCGGUGAGUUCGGGCGAAGCUGCGGCAGCUACUGGUGCUACUCAGCCAGCCACUCAGAGCAAUACUGCAGCGACAAUGCCAGGGACGACUUCACCCUCUCGAACUACCAGAGAACUCAACCCUCACGAGGAUCAGUAUGGUCCUUUGCCCUACGGUUGGGAACGACGGGUCGACCCGCUUGGUCGCACUUACUACGUCGAUCACAAUACUCGUACCACUACCUGGAACAGGCCAUCCACGAAUCAGGCGGUCAACACGGCGAACCAGGCCGGAGAGACUAAUGCUGCCCGCGAUCAGCACCAUCGCCGUAUCCUAGCGGAUGAUCUAUUGGAGGCGAACGCUGGAGCAGGAAGUACUAUCAGUCGCGGACAGUCUGCUGCUGGUCAAGCUCCUGCGGCGAACACUGCUGCAGCUGCUCUUGCUGCCAGCAACAACACGACGAGCGCGGGUGUUGGCCCUCUGCCUGCUGGAUGGGAAGAGCGAUAUACACCUGAGGGUCGGCCAUACUACGUUGACCACAACACUCGCACGACCACCUGGGUAGAUCCCAGACGGCAGACGGUCAUCCGUGUCUCCGGUCCUAACGGCCAGGGAACUGCUCUCCAGCCUCAGACGAUCGCUCAACUUGGCCCAUUACCCUCUGGUUGGGAGAUGCGCCUGACCUCGACCGCUCGAGUCUACUUUGUUGACCAUAACACCAAGACGACCACCUGGGACGAUCCUCGGUUGCCAUCCACCCUUGAUGCCAACGUGCCGCAGUACAAGCGCGACUUCCGCAGGAAGCUCAUAUACUUCCGUAGCCAGCCGUCAAUGCGCGCGCAGCCUGGUAAUUGCCAGAUCAAAGUCCGGCGUAACCAUAUCUUCGAGGACAGUUAUGCAGAGAUCAUGAGGCAGACGCCGAAUGACCUCAAGAAACGCCUGAUGAUCAAGUUCGACGGCGAAGACGGUUUGGAUUAUGGUGGUCUUUCGAGAGAAUUCUUCUUCCUGUUAUCACACGAGAUGUUCAACCCCUUCUACUGUCUGUUUGAAUACUCCGCGCACGACAACUAUACAUUGCAGAUCAAUCCUGCUUCCGGCGUCAACCCAGAACACUUGAAUUACUUCAAGUUCAUUGGUCGAUGCUUGGGUCUCUCAAUCUUCCACCGGCGCUUCUUGGACGCUUACUUCAUAGUGAGCUUCUACAAGAUGAUUUUGAGGAAGAAGGUUACGCUUGCAGACCUUGAGAGUGUGGAUGCUGACUUGCACCGCGGCCUCACAUGGAUGUUGGAGAACGACAUUACCGAUGUCAUUGAUGAGACCUUCACAACUGUCGAAGAUCGCUUUGGAGAGAUGAUCACCGUCGAGCUCAAACCCGGUGGAGCGGACAUUCCUGUCACAGAGGAGAACAAGAAGGAAUACGUUGAUCUCAUCGUGGAAUACCGUAUCUGCAAGCGGGUCAAAGACCAAUUCGAGGCGUUCAUGUCUGGAUUCAGCGAGCUCAUCCCCAUGGAUUUGAUCACUGUUUUCGACGAGCGUGAGCUGGAACUCUUGAUCGGCGGUAUGUCAGAAAUCGACGUUGAUGAUUGGACGAAGUACACCGAUUAUCGUGGCUACGAAAUGAACGACGAAGUCAUUCAAUGGUUCUGGAAGUGUGUCCGCAGCUGGCCGCCCGAGCGGAAGUCCCGUCUCCUCCAGUUCGCUACCGGCACGUCUCGUAUUCCUGUCAAUGGCUUCAAGGACCUGCAAGGUUCCGACGGUCCGCGCAGAUUCACGAUCGAGAAAGCUGGUGACCCCUCACAAUUACCCAAGAGUCACACCUGCUUCAACAGGAUUGAUCUGCCGCCAUACAAGGACUACAAUACUUUAGAGCAGAAGCUGACUCUUGCCGUAGAGGAAACCGUCGGUUUCGGGCAAGAGUGAUUCUGUUGUAUGCGUCAGUCUCUCCCGCCUUCAUCGUGGAUUCUGUGUAUUCGUGUGGCGAAUCCCUUUUUGCUUACCUUAGUCAUUGCUUUGUUAGUCGCAUCGUCUCCCUGCCAUUCCAUUCAUUUGGGCAGGCGGCGCUCAUCUAUCCUUCAUUUGAACUAUGUAUAUCGUCGAUCCGUAUUGUGUAUCACAAUGUGUGCAUAUUCCCCGAUUACCGUUGUAGUUGGAAGAGUUUAGGCCAGCAUGGACUUGAAAAUGUCCUGGACUCUUUUCCCCAUGAU